AUUAGAAGACAUCAGAUGCUCUGGAAUGGAGUUCAGGCAGUGGACAACCAGUGCUCAGUUCCACAGGAGCUACAACUCAGACUGGGAAACAUGGGUCUGAAGAUGCUUGAGUCCCAACUUUGUCUCCUGCUGCUGCUGGGACUUGUCCUACUGCUUGCCUCAUGCCAGCCACCAACCCCUUCCCAGUGGUUUAAAAUUCAGCACAUCUAUAAUAGUGCCUAUCCCAGAUGUGAUGAUGCAAUGCGGGUUGUUAACAGUUAUACAGGAAAAUGUAAGGACAUUAAUACUUUUCUUCAUACAACUUUUGCUGAUGUUGUUGGUGUGUGUGGCAAUCCACAUACCACCUGCAAAGAUGGUAUAAGUACAAAUUGUCAUGAUAGUUCAUCUUGGGUAUCCAUAACUUUCUGUAACCUCACAACUCCGGCAAGCACUUAUACCCAAUGCAGAUACCAAACAACAGGAUCAGUCAAGUUCUACACAGUUGCCUGUGACAACAGAACUGCACAUGACAGUCCCAUCUAUCCAGUGGUUCCGGUUCACUUGGAUACAAUAUUUUAGCUCCAGUGCCAGCACUUGGUACCUUCGCUCAUCUGCUACUGCCAAGAUCAUAGUAGUGAAGAACCAAUUCCUCUCUGCUCUGCAUAUCAGCACCUGUCCUCAUGGAACCUGUCCCUGUCACUCUUUAAUGUUGUGAAACAGAUCCUUCCUA